AUGACUGUCACUUACUCCAGUAAAGUAGCAAAUGCGACUUUUUUUGGAUUUCAUAGGUUACUACUCAAGUGGAGAGGCAGCAUCUACAAACUACUGUACAGGGAAUUUAUUGUUUUUGCUGUUCUUUACACAGCAAUAAGUUUGGUGUACAGAUUGUUACUUACAGGAGCCCAAAAACAUUACUUUGAAAAAUUAUCAAUUUACUGUGACAGAUAUGCUGAACAAAUUCCAGUAACCUUUGUGCUUGGAUUUUACGUUACUCUGGUAGUGAACCGAUGGUGGAACCAGUUUGUGAAUCUGCCCUGGCCGGACAGGCUGAUGUUCCUCAUCUCCAGCAGUGUUCAUGGAAGUGACCAGCAUGGGCGCUUGCUCAGAAGGACUCUGAUGCGCUACGUCAAUCUCACGUCCCUGCUCAUCUUCCGCUCAGUCAGCACAGCUGUGUACAAAAGGUUUCCAACCAUGGACCACGUGGUUGAAGCAGGUUUUAUGACAGCAGAUGAAAGGAAAUUAUUUGACCAUCACAAAUCUCCUCAUCUAAAAUACUGGGUUCCAUUCAUCUGGUUUGGAAAUCUCGCAGCUAAAGCCCGGGAUGAAGGUAGAAUCAGAGACAGUGUUGAUCUACAAUCAUUAAUGACUGAAAUGAAUCGAUACCGCUCUUGGUGCAGCCUCUUGUUCGGUUAUGACUGGGUCGGAAUCCCGCUGGUUUACACCCAGGUUGUCACUCUUGCUGUCUACACCUUCUUCCUCGCCUGCCUCAUUGGACGCCAGUUUUUGGAUCCCACCAAAGGCUACGCAGGGCAUGACUUAGAUCUUUACAUUCCAGUCUUUACUCUCCUCCAGUUCUUCUUCUAUGCGGGAUGGCUGAAGGUAGCCGAGCAACUUAUCAACCCUUUUGGAGAAGACGAUGAUGAUUUUGAAACUAACUGGUGCAUUGAUAGAAAUUUGCAGGUCUCUCUUUUAGCUGUGGAUGAAAUGCACAUGAGCUUACCUAAAAUGAAGAAGGAUAUUUACUGGGAUGAUUCUGCCGCUCGACCACCAUACACACUGGCUGCUGCUGAUUACUGUAUACCCUCAUUUCUGGGGUCAACAACCCAAAUGGGGAUGUCUGAGUCUGACUUCCCCAGUGAGGAGUGGAUGUGGGACUUCCAGAAGCACGGCCACCGGCACUCUAUGAUAAGAAAAGUCAAGAGGUUCUUGAGUACCCAUGAGCACCCCACCAGCCCUAGAAGAAGCUUCAGAAGGCAGGCCAGCGACAGCUCCACACUCUUCCCCAUCAGCCCAACUCAUGAUCUGCUGCACGUGCCCUCCAGAAGCCCCCAGAGAGCCUCACAAAUGCGGCAGCAAUCCCACUCCCUGGAGGGCAGCCCCAAGCUGCAUUCCAGCAUGGGAGAACUGUCCACAAUCAGGGAGGCCAGCAGGACAAGCACCCUUCAGAGCCUGACCCCACAGUCCAGUGUGAGGGCCUCCCCCACCAAAAUGCCACAGGUGCCCCAGGUAUUGAUCACAGCAGCCGAAGUGCCAGUGCUCUCAUCAGAUGGCGAUCACCGUGAUUCUACUACCUCCAUCACUAGUUUUGAGUUUACCGGAGUUCAGCCAAGCAGGACAGAGCAGCAGGAAGACCUGGUAGGAUCACUCCUUUCCCACUCAGAGGAGGGGCCGCCUCCUUGGAGCCCUACCCUCCAGACUGCUUCAGCCAGUACUGAGACAAAUAAGUUCAAGUUUGAGGGAGACCCAGACAAUGACAAGUUCCUGAAAAGGUGGAGCCUCCCAGAGUUUCAGGGGUCCAGCCACACCUCUCUGGGAAAUCUAAGUCCACAUCCCAUGAGCUCUGGGAGGCCUCUCUUACUUGAAACAUGGACAUCCUCAGAGCACAGUGCAAUUAGCAAUGGGGCUGGCUCUCGGGUCUCUCCUGAGAUGUUGUACUUAAUGGAAAACCUAGACACCAAGGAGACAGAUAUCACAGACUUUAACAACGAGCAAAUGGAAGAAUCCCCCAAAGGAAUGCCACAAAGCUCUAGGACCUGAUUCUAGCCCAGACUCCACUUUGCCAAAGGCUCAGCACUAAUCCCAGAACACCCCUGGGGGCUGGUUAGCUUUCUGGGAAAAAAGGAUCCCACUGUAUAAGCUACUUAGAAAUUCGAAGGGCAUUAUGAUCUUAACUUUUUGAAAAUUUGGAAAAUCAGACACAUUCACAUCCAUAAUAAUGUGGCUUUCAUGGAAGUUAUACAGACCAUAGUUAAUUAUCUUAACUAGAUAAGAAAUCUUAUAUAAAUAAGUCUGACUGUAAAUUCAUACAUUAUGAGGUACGGAACGGGCCUUAGAAAUCAUAAUCUAAUCCUCUAGACACAAAA